AAAAAAAAUUUUAAUGCUGGUUUGGCUGUUAGAAAAUAUAUCAAUACAUUUGUUAGCUGUUCCGGUAGUUUGAACACGACUGGGAAUGGGUUUGUUUCCUUAAUUAAGAUCGGUCGCUACCCAACUUUUGCUAGGCUGCUAACACUACUAAGCGAUGUUUAAAGCUUACACGGACAAUACAAACAAGCAAAUAAGAUUUGCUGUAAGUCACCGUUAUGGGAAGCAAGGAGCUGAGUCUCAUUGAUAAGAAUAUAACAAGUUUGCUGGAUGUCCCACUGCAUCCCACUGUAACAUCACUCAAUCUGCACUGCAAUCGCAUCCUGAGGAUAGAGGGCCUCACCUCAGCUUGGCACCUGCGGCACUUAGACCUUUCUUCCAAUUCUAUUUCAAAGAUUGAAGGUCUAAGUUCCCUCACUUCCCUGAGAACUUUAAAUUUAUCCUGCAACUUAAUCACCAAGGUUGAAGGACUGAAUGGCCUUGUGAACCUUACAAGAUUAAACUUGUCCUACAAUCAGAUCAAUAACCUCACUGGCUUGUUGCAUCUUCAUGGCACUGAGUACAAGCUGAAGCACCUCAGUCUCCAUAGCAACCACCUGGACAGCAUUGAUCACCUGCUGCAGUGCCUGCUGGGAUUACAAGGUUUAAGAGAGGUCACUUUGAGCCAGGAUGGCAGAGACAACCCUGUGUGUAGGUCACCAGGUUACAGGGAGAUUGUUAUGCAGUCUUUGCCACAGAUUUCUGUUCUGGAUGGCGUGGACCGUCUGGGUAACCGGUCACAUAUAGGUCUGGACAGUCCCUUGGAUAUCCCUGGUCUAGAGGACUAUGUGGACCUCCUGCUUUCCUCAGAUGCUAGUCACACUGAAUUGGGUAGAGGGGAUGGCCCUCUCAACACACCCCGCAUCAAUGAGGUACUGACCCAGUUUCGCCAGCGGAUUGCCUCUGAAGCAGUUACAGAGCCAGCUGCACAUGUCCAGUCAGUUUGUUCAACUGCAGCUGAUCCAGCAGACCCUGUUAAUGAACAGCGCAUCAGGAAACUGGAGCAUCAGGUGUCCCAGCUCAUUCAGCAGACCCCUACAGGUGACAAAUCCAGGAGCUCUACUCAUUCUGUGGUGACAGUACAGAAAGCCAAGAGGGACAUAGACCGCACGUCAGAGAGUGAGUGUGACAGUGGGAAGGAGAACAGAAGGCACACCAGGAUCCCCAAACAUCGGAACAACAUAGCAAAGAGGUUGACCACCAAGGAGACUAAGGGCAGGAGAUCAGACAGUGAUCAGGAACGUCAUAAAGUGAGGACUUCAACAUCUACUAUGGGGCCCAGGAGGAAGGCUGGCAGUGCAGGGUGUAUAGAUACAGCGGGUUCAACAAGGAAGGGACCUUUGAGAGCUGCUGAGACUUCAGACGAUGUGAAAAGCAGGUCCACAAGGGAGGAGGCAACCUACAGGACUAUUGUGGAGGAGCGUGAUCAGGAAAGGGAAAGACGCUGGAAGGCCGAGCAAGCUGUGAGGAAGCUAACAGAGGAGCUAAAGUGCCUGCAGACAAAGGUCAAUGAGGAGAAGGACCUUCAGAGCAUGGCCUUGCAUACCACAGACAGACUGAAAGAAUUGUUGCUAAAGGAGCGAUCGGAGCGCUCUGAAAUGCAGAGACGUGUUGAGGAGCUGGAGGGGAGGUGUCAGUCUCUAACUCAGCAGCUGGAGCUGGCCUGCAGCAGUGAAGAACAACACAAGACAGCAUUGCACCGACUAGAGGAAAGCAUUUCCCAUGGAGAGGCACUCAGGGCUUGCCAGCAGGCUGAAGAGAUGAAGCGGUACCAGGAGCUGGAGAACAAGGCAGCAGCUCUGAAGAGAGAGUUGGACAUCCAGAGAGCCUCAGUACACCAGCACAAAGACAAACUUCAGCAGCUGCAUGAACUGCUGGCAUCCAGGGAACAAGAGCACAGAAAACAGCUGGAGUUGCGGUUGCAGCCUGGUGGGGUGGAUUUCCUUGAGGCAGUGGCAAAAGAUGUUGCAUCAGUGGAACAGAGACAUGUUCAGAGGGAAGCAGAGCUGCAGGAGAAACUGGCAGACAGCAGGAAGCAGUAUGCUGCUUUGGAGGACGAGUUCCGCAUGGCGCUAACUAUCGAGGCUGCUCGCUUCUCUGAGGUGAAGGAGGCGUGUGAUCACAUGACUGCAGAGCUGAUGGAGCUCAAGGCAACCCUUGCCCAGUCCCAGCAGAGGGAGAAGAAAUCGGGCUCUCUGGUGCAGGAGCUAACAGCCAUGGUCAAAGAGCAGAAGAACCGCAUCUCUGAACUUAUCAAAGCCAAGAGAGAAGCUGUCACUGAUCUAAAGAGCCGUCUGCAUUCCUUAGAAACAGAGGUGGAGCAGGACCGGCGUCUCAGCUUGCAGCUUGAGAUGCUUAAGAAAGACAAGGCGCGUCUGUUGUCUCAGCUCACAGCUCAGGAGUCAGUGAUAGACGGCCUCAGGGCAGAGAGGAGGAUCUGGGGCCAGGAGCUUGCACAGCAAGGAGUGUCUCUAGCCCAGGAUCGUGGACGCCUGGAGGCCAGGAUAGAGGUGCUGAGUACUGAACUGGAGACACAGAAGAAACAGAAUGAGCGGGACAAUGAUGCCCUUAAAAUCAAAGCCAAAAUAAUUGAUGACCAGACAGAGACCAUCCGCAAACUCAAAGAGGCCUUGCAGGAGCGUGAUGAUCAAAUCCGUAGGGUGCGUGAGGAGGCAGCCCAGGCUCAGAAGAAGCUCCAGCAGCAGCAGGUGGAGGAAACAGCCCGGCAGGUUGAGCUGAGGGAGCAGCUGGAGCAUCUGAGCCUGCGCAAGGAGGAGCUGAAACAGCAGCUGGAGGACAAAGAGGCAGAGUUAGAGGAUGUCAAAAGAGUCUACAGCGAUUCCAGUAAGAAGUGGCAGGAGAAGGCAGACCUGCUCACUCGGCUGGAGAGCCAGGUGAAACGCAUGAAGGAGAACUUUGAUUCCAAGGAACGCCUGUUGCUGGAGGAAAGAGAUAAAGCAACAGAGGCACACAAAGCUGCAGUAGAGAAGUUACACUGUGCGGAUGAUGCUUUUCGUCGACAACUGGAGACUGUCCAGGCUGCCCAUCAAACUGAGCUGCUACGACUGGCUAAUGAAAAGCAGGAAAAGAUAGAACAGGCCAAUCAGAAGGUAUUUGAAGUGGAGGAGGAGAUGCGUCAACUACUGGAGGAGACUGAAACAAACAAACGAAACAUGGAAGAGAAAAUGAAACGUCUCACAAGUGUACUAAAAGACUUCUAACACGUGACUUAUUUUGCAGCUGUAGGAAUAUAAAAAACUGUAUAAUAGUUGUAUUUUUAAAUAAAACAUUCAGUAUUUUUGUUAAUGUAUGUUAAUAUUUAAUCAUUUGUAUGAUUGAGCCUCAUGUAUAGUUUUUCUUUGUUAGUACAUUUAUGAUUGAAUUUACAUUAAAUAAAGAU